AUGGCAGCCCCCGCUCCCUGCGUCCCCCUGGUCUGCGCGGCGCUGGUGUGCUUGAUGGUGGUCCAGUUGCCCCUGGAGCCCUUCAGGACACUGCCGCUGCAGCAGCGCAAACAAAUGAAUGCUAGGCUGCGCCGCUUGCGGCAGCUCUCAGACGAGGCGCAGGCCCGGAUAGAGGCUGAGCAGCAGAUCGCACAAGCCACAGCGCUGGUGCUGGCUGCCCAGCAGCCCAGCCCGCCGCCGCCCGAGUCUCCGCCGCCGCCACCUCCGCCGCCCGCGCCCUGGCUGCCCCUGGCGCCAGCACAGAGGGCCCAGGCCGACAAGCUGCUGACCAUUUUCGAAAAUGCGUCGCUAGAGCCAAAGUAUGGGUAUGCCGAAGUGCUGGGGGAUGGGCGGGGCAUCACCUUUGGCAGGGCUGGGUUCACCACGGAAACAGGCGACGGGCUUGCGGUGGUGCUCAAGUACAAGCAGCUGAAGCCGCAGGACAACACCCUGGCGCGCUUCCUGCCCGCGCUGGAGCGCCAGCGACUGUCGUCGGGUGGAGAGGCGCAGGUGCGUGCAAACGUGAGCACGGCUACGAAUGCCACCGCAGGCCGCAACCAGACAGAACUCAUAUCGAAUCCAACUGUGUCGCUGUCGGCGGAGAGCACCGACCUGGCAGGCCUGGAGGGCUUCAUCCAGGCGGUGCAGCAGCUGGGGGGCGACCCCGCCUUUCGCCAGGCCCAGGACAUCGGCCUGGAAUACUUCUACUUCAACGCCUCGCAGAGAGCGGCGGAGGGCCUGGGCCUCAGGCAAGCCAGGCUGGCUGCAGGCCGGCUGGGCCACCAAAGGGCAUCACUCGCGGCACAUGCGCGGGGACUGGGGACGAGAGCCUGGCUGCGGCCAGGGGAGAGGAGCAGCCAUUCUCUCCUCGCUCCCUGCGCUGUACUGACCGCCCCCCCACGCAUGUACGCCCUGUCCCAGGCCCAGCUGUACGACGCCUGGGUGCAGCACGGCGAGGCCGCGCCCGACUCGCAGCAGCUGGACAUGUCCGCCAACGGCAUCGCGGCAUGGGUCAGCCAGCAGCUGGGCGGCUCGCCCAAGCAGGGCGUGAACGAGACGGCGUGGCUGGAGAUGUUUCUGCGCCGCCGCCUGUUUGUGCUUGAGAACCGGCCCGAGUUUUCGGCCCGCGACAGCCGCCCGCGCGUGGAGGUGUUUUCCUGGCUGCUGCAGGCUGGAAACCUCCGCAUGGACAAGCCCAUCCAGCUGAGUUGGGCCAAGUGCCAGCUGACGGCGGGGGUGCACCACCGCGGCCCCUGCAUCCCCCAGCCCGCCCAGGCAUACUCGCUGGGCGGCGUGGUCUUUGGAGACUUUCUGGUGCCGCUCGGCUGA